CCCGCAUCUCACCUUCACAACCACACACACACACACCUUGACCAUUCUUCCGCAAGGACUGCCGAAAGCACCACCGUCACCAUGGGAAACGGAGCCAAAGCCCAGAUGAAGCGCGAGCGCAACGCCAAGGACGCUGGCAAGGGCGGCAAGUCGCAGUUGAAGGCUAACGAAGCCGCCAAGGACAUCAUCUGCCAGAUCUGCAGAUCCACCUUCCUCAAGACGGCCAAGGCCCCCGCCCUCACCGAACAUGCCCAGAACAAGCACAACAAGUCCCUCCAGGACUGCUUCCCUGCCUUUGCCUAGACACGAGACGAGCGAUGUCGUAUGUGGACAUGUAGGGAGGGGCUUGCGAUGAAGGGGACUGGUAUGCAUGCAUCAUGCUGGGGAGUUCUUGAGCGACUGUUUGGUUGUGCAUAUUUCUUGGGGAUGUGAUUGGAGAAUUGAUACCUUUUGCUUUUUGUUGUAUGCGGUUUGUGGAGGGUGUGGUGUAUAUCAGUAGGAGGAUUUGAGAUGUAGGCCGGUGGUCAUCGUGUGUAUGAUUGAGGACAAUGCGCCUAGGUUUCGAGUAAACUCAUAGCAUCGAGUGUCCCGGAUGCCUACAAUCAUCGAACACUGGACAAGCUUUAUUCAGACUCGAUACGUGUGCUUUGGAAACAUGAUACCUGAAC